GGCGCAGCCUUUAGUCUGCCUGGUCGUCCACAGCCUGUAACCCGCGGAUUUACAAUCAACUAUUGACGCAUCUUUUAUUUAGGGAUAGCAUUCUUGCCCUUCGGUACAUUUUCUAAGCAUGAGGUGGCGUGUGUGUCCAAACAUGGUGUAGCCAAACUGCUGCAGUUGUGAAGAAGCUGCUGCCUCGUUGCACUGUGCAUGAUGUCGAGCAGCUCGGGCUACCCUCCAGCUCAGGGGGGCUUCAGCAGUGAGCAGAGCCGCUACCCGCCCCACAAUGUGCAGUACUCCUUCAGCCGACACCAGCAGGAGUUCCCGGUCCCAGAUUACCGGGCACACAUGCAGGACCCACAGGGGCGGCGGAGACCCUCUCUUCUGUCUGAGUUCCACCCUGCUCCGGAACGACCUCCGGAGAGACGCCAUGGUUACGAGCAGCAGUUUCCCUCCGUCACUGCUCAGCCCGAACAUGAGUCGCUGGAGGCCAAACGACCACGCAUGGAGACCAUCAAUGAAACCCACAUCACCCGCACCCCCCCAACCUCCGGAGGCAUGGUGCUCCCAAUGCCCCACGCCAUACAGGACAGCUUAAGGGCCACUGUGGAAGUUAAAAAGGAGUCUCAAUAUACUGUUAAAGUCGAGGCAUCCCCAGGUGGACCCGGCCUUCAUCUUGGUGAGGACACAGACACAUCUCCCUCUAAACUCUCAAAGGAGGAGCUGAUCCAGAGCAUGGACCGUGUGGACAGAGAGAUCGCUAAAGUGGAGCAACAGAUUUUCAAGCUCAAGAAAAAACAGCAACAACUGGAGGAGGAGGCAGCAAAGCCAGUGGAGCCAGAGAAGCCCGUGACCCCACCCCCAGUGGAACACAAGCACCGCAGCAUCGUCCAAAUCAUCUAUGACGAGAACAGGAAAAAAGCAGAAGAAGCCCAUAAAAUCCUGGAAGGCCUUGGUCCUAAAGUUGAGCUGCCACUGUAUAAUCAACCGUCAGACACAAAAGUUUAUCAUGACAACAUCAAAACCAACCAAGUGAUGAGGAAGAAGCUGAUUCUCUUUUUUAAGAGGCGAAAUCAUGCGCGCAAGCAAAGGGAACAGAAGAUCUGCCAGCGCUACGACCAGCUGAUGGAGGCCUGGGAGAAGAAGGUGGAGCGGAUGGAAAACAACCCCAGAAGAAAAGCCAAAGAAAGCAGGACACGCGAGUACUACGAAAGACAGUUCCCCGAGAUCCGCAAGCAGAGGGAGCAGCAAGAGAGAUUUCAGAGAGUUGGGCAAAGAGGGACUGGUCUUUCAGCAACAAUCGCUAGAAGUGAACAUGAAAUAUCAGAGAUCAUAGACGGCCUGUCGGAGCAGGAAAAUAAUGAGAAACAAAUGAGACAGCUCUCUGUCAUUCCGCCCAUGAUGUACGACUCAGAGCAGAGAAGAGUCAAGUUCAUCAACAUGAAUGGCCUGAUGGAUGACCCAAUGAAAGUCUACAAAUCCCGCCAAUUCAUGAAUGUUUGGACAGAGCACGAAAAGGAAAUCUUUAAAGAGAAAUUUGUUCAACACCCCAAGAAUUUUGGUCUGAUUGCAUCUUACCUGGAGAGAAAGUGUGUGGCAGACUGUGUUCUUUACUACUACUUGACAAAGAAGAACAACAACUACAAGACACUUGUGAGACGUAACUAUAGGAAGCGAAGAGGGAACCAGCAAAUCCCACGGCCGUCGCAAGAAGACAAGUCAGACGACAAGAACGAAGAAGACAAGUCUGAGAAGUCUGAUAAAAAAGAGGACGAGGAAAAGAACAACGAGGAAGAGAAAGAUGAGAAGGAGGACUGCAGGGACAUUGCUAAGGACAAAGACAAGUGCGACGCCGGGGAAGACGAGGACGGGAAGGAGCAGAACACGCCGCGUGGCAGGAAGACAGCCAACAGCCAGGGCCGUCGUAAAGGAAGGGUUACCACGCGCUCCAUGGCCAACGAGGCGGCGUCUGUGGCUGCCGAAGAAGCCCCGCCCCCUGCUCCCGAGCCAGCUGUGCCAGAGCCUACACAGUCCUCCAAAAGUGAAUCAGCGCAGAAAGGCAUGAAGGAGCCUGCCAAAGCACAGACUCCUGUAGCUACUUCAGAGGCAAAUAAAGCUGCUUCUGGAGAAACCGGAGAAACUUCUCGCUGGACCGAGGAGGAGAUGGAGAUUGCCAAAAAAGGCCUUGUAGAGCAUGGACGUGACUGGACAGCUAUUGCCAAAAUGGUGGGCACCAAAAGUGAAGCGCAGUGCAAGAAUUUCUAUUUUAAUUAUAAGAGACGCCACAACCUGGACAACCUCCUUCAACAGCAUAACCAGGGAAGGGAUCGGGAUAGGGCUCAAGGUGAAGGCCUAGCCACAGCAUCACCCGACGAUGAUGAAGACAACGCAGAUGAUAGUGAAGGUGCUGACAACAGUUCUGACACUGAGAGCGCCCCUUCCCCCUCUCAGGCUGACACAUCCAAGUCCGCUGACUCGAAGAGAGUGGACAGCACUGCAGGAGACGCUCAGUGCUCCGACCAGGACAAAGGUCAGGCUGCUAAUAAGACUUCCGAAUCCUCAUUUGGAGAGCUGCGAGUGAAGGAGGAAAAGAGCCCGGAAAGUGAGCGGGAGUCGCAGGAGGAGAAGGCCCGGGCGGCUGCUUAUGUCAACCCCAAAACAGAACCUCAGGAUGUGGAUGUGAAGGGCGCAGAAGUGCAGGUCAAAGUGGAGCCGGAAACAAAGGACAAAGGGGAAAAGGGAGAGCACAGUGACAGGCAGAGGCAGCUUCACUCUGACGAUGACUCUAGCGCCACCUGCAGUGCGGACGAGGAUGUGGAAGCAGAACCAGACAGACAGAGGAUAUACUCGUUGGACAAGCCUUCAUUACUCAGUCCCCCUUCAUCUGUAUUAAUGUCUUCACCCAAGCAACCAAGCAUCAAGCAGAUGCACCAGCGAGCAGCAGCUAUCCCAUCAAUGGUUCCUGGUCCGUUUGGUCCUGGUGGGGUGCCCAUCAGUGGUUAUGCCAUGUUACAGCAUCAAAUCAAAGCUGUGCACGAGUCGGCCCAUCAGGAGGACAAGCAAAGGCAGGACCAUGGAGAAUUGGAACGCAGACCACCCUUCAACACCCGCAGCCCCACCAUCCUCGACAGAGAUGUGCUUCGUGCUUCCCCCAACCAGCUUGCCCAGAUGCCUGAUGCAGUUCGGAUGGCGCUGAGUAGACCCAGUCGACCACCCAACAUUCCCUCUCCUCCUCCACUCAUUCCAACCACCAAGCCCACUGACAAACCAUCUUUCAUUCAGGGGGGUUCCAUUUCACAGGGAACUCCUGGUACUUACCUACCAUCCCACGCCGUCUAUGGGCCUGAAGGAACGAAGAGCUCUGUUGGCUCCAUAUCUCUGGGUCUGCCUCGCCAACAGGAUCCUAACAAACCUGGAAAUCCAAAGGUGGGUGAAGGGAUGCCUUUCCGAGGAUCAAUCACCCAGGGCACCCCAGCUUUGGCCCAGUCUAGCAUUGCUGCUGAUCUUCUAAAGGGCGGGAUGCCAAAGCUGGCCACAGAGGACCUAAACAGUCCAGAAAAGACUCGCGGAGAAUUGGCCAAAGCUCAUGUUAUUUAUGAAGGCAAAAGUGGCCAUAUACUCUCUUAUGAUGCCAUCAAGAACCCCAGAGAAAACACUCGCAGCCCACGGACAGGCCACGAGCUGAAGCGACCAUACGACAUGAUGGAGGGGUCCCUGAUUAGAGGACCCUCCGGCAGAGAAGCUCCAUUUGAAGGUUUAAUUACCAGAGCCUUACCAAGAGAAGCCCUCCAUGGGGAUAAAGACCGACCCUUAAUACCUGGAUCCAUCAUGCAAGGAACACCUAGAACAUCUGCUGAGGCUUAUGAAGACACCAUGAAAUAUGGAAAGCAGCUCAAAAUAGAUAGCCCUCCCAUUCGCUCUUUUGAAGGUGGUAUUGGGAAAGGCAAACCCUAUGAGGGAGUCAAUACAAUCAAAGAAAUGGGCCGGUCUAUUCACGAAAUUCCUCGUAAAGAGUCUGGUCCUGACUGCUGCAAGACACCAGAGAUGCAGGACAGAAGAAGCAUGGAGCAUCAUCUAAACCAGCCUACCAUUAAGCACAAUGUCAAGUCCCUUAUUACUAGUCCAAAUAAACUUCCCCAUGGCAUGCCUCCAAUGGAUCCAAUUGAACGAGCCAAGUAUGAGGAGAGCAAGGCUAUAAGGCACAGUGUGGUCAAUUCUACGUCUGUAUUGCGCUCCACUAACCAAGAGGCCAACAAGUCCCAGCUCAGCCCUGGCAUGUACGAAGACGCCAACGCUCGGAGGACCCCUGUCAAUUACAGCACCAGCUCCAUGUCCAGGGGGUCUCCAAUGCUGGGCCGAGAAGGUCCUAUGGCCUCUUCAAAGUCCGCGUCACAUGAAAGAAAGCGAUCUAUGACACCAACACAGAGAGAAAGCAUCCCAGCCAAGUCCCCAGUGUCCAGCAGUGACCCAGUGGCCUCUCACAGUCCCUUUGACCCCCAUCACCGGUCUGUGCCAGGGGAAGUAUACCGCCCACACCUGCCCCCACAUCUGGACCCUUCCAUAAGCUUCCACAGAGUGCUGGAUCCUGCAUUCAUGUUCCAGAGGCAGCCGUCCCCAUCAGGUUUCCAUAACAACUACCAGCUCUACACCAUGGAGAACACGCGGCAGACCAUCCUCAACGAUUACAUCACGUCGCAGCAGAUGAUCCCUCGGCCGGACAUGGCCCGGGGCUUGUCUCCACGGGAACAGCCAGUUAUCCCUUAUCCAGCUGCAGCCAGAGGGAUUAUUGAUCUAGCCCAGAUGCCUCCAACUAUCCUGUUGCCUCACCCUGGGGGAACAGGUACUCCCACUUUGGAACGCUUGGCCUUCCUCCCUGGACCUCAGCCCCCUUUCCCUCCUAGGGCUUUCAACCAAUCCUCCAUACCGCCAGGCCAUCCGGUUCACCUGGCAGCAGCAGCAGCUGCCAAUGCAGAGAGAGAGAGGGAGCGAGAGAGGGAGAGAGAGAGAGAAAGAGAGAGGGAGCGUGACCGUGAGCAGCAGGAGAAAGAACGGGAGCGAGAGCAGAGAGAGAGGGAACGGGAGAGAGCCGCUGAAUACAUGCGCACAGGUCAGCUUUCAUUUAUGCAGAAGUACAUUUUAUUCAGAGAGUUAAUGUUUCAUUUUAACUUUUUGACUAAAUAUUUAGUUCCAGGUGGAGAACAGCCCGGCCGACCAGGGAGUCGUGGAUAUUUGCACUCACCUUCCCCUUCACUCCGGACCCAGGAAGUUGUGGUUCAACAGAGGCCCAGUAUUUUCCAGGGCAAGAGUGUCAUCACCUCUUUGAAUCCUCAUUCUACACCGGUGACCGCAGCCGCUCAGAGCAGCUCUCGCUACAACACGGCAGCUGAUGCUCUGGCAGCGCUGGUUGAUGCUGCAGUCUCCGUCCCGCCAAUGGAGGUGUCUAAAGUGAAGGAGAGCAAACAUGACCAGGAUGAGGACAUGUCGACCCGACGACCAGCCAACCUCUCUGAGCAGCAGCAGCAACACGAGGCAGAGAGGCGGCCCAUACAUUCACCUUACUCUAUGUCUUUACCUGGGGGGAAGCCCCACUCUGCUUAUCCGGAUGCACCUGGGGGCCCAGGUAAAGAGAAGGGCUCCCAGAACUCAAAGUCUCGCAUAGAAGAGGAGCUCCGAACACGAGGGAAGACCACCAUCACAGCUGCCAACUUCAUUGAUGUUAUCAUCACGCGACAGAUUGCCUCAGACAAAGACAACCGAGAGCGAGGGUCCCAAAGUUCAGACUCAUCAAGUACAAUGUCAUCUAGUCGCUAUGACAAUCCUAGUGGAGGAGCAAUUGAGGUCAUAAGUCCUGCCAGUUCUCCAAUCCAAACCCAGCCAGAGAAAUCAGAGGAUGGUCAACAACAGGUUGCAGCUGGUAUGCGCGGUUAUGACAUGAGUCGUUACCGGCAACAAGGGGAACCACCUCCACAGCCGCACCCCUCCUCUCAAGCAGACAGCUACCCAGUGUCCAAAACUCACACGCGCAUGAUGACCUUAGCUGAUCACAUCUCGCAUAUCAUAACCCAAGACUUUGCACGGAACCAAGACCCGCCCCCUUCCUCGUCCGCGCCUUCUGCUACAUUCCAGAGUGGGGUCUCUUCCAUGUCCUCCAGUCGGCCCAAGGUGCCCAACCGCUACAGUCCAGAGAAUCAGCCUCCGUUCCACCAGAGGCCCUCCAGCAGAGUCUCUCCAGAGAAUGCCCCUGAAAAACCCAGAUCCAGGUCUGGCAAGUCCCCAGAUCGAGGGGGCAGGCAAAUGGAGAACUAUGAACCCAUCUCUCCACCGCAGAGCUAUCAAGGCAUGGAUAAAGAGGAGGGUGGUGUACCCCCGCCUCAGAGGAGAGAGGCUGACAAUCCCGAUAUUCGGAGCGAUUCAAGGUCUCCGGGGAGUGUCAGUUAUUUACCUUCCUUCUUCACCAAGCUGGAAAACACUUCCCCUAUGGUUCAGUCCAAAAAGCAGGAGAUCUUUCGUAAGUUGAACUCCACUUCUGGUGUCGGUGAUUCUGAUGUUGGAAACGCACAACCAGGGACCGAAAUCUUUAAUUUGCCGGCUGUUACCACUUCUAGUAGUAUAAACCCGAGGAGUCAGUCAUUCAAUGAUCCAGCCAGUAACUUAGGCUUGGAGGACAUUAUCCGCAAGGCUUUAAUGGGUAAUCUAGAGGAGAGGCAGGAGGAGCAUCAGGGAGGAAUGGUGUCUCAAUCUGGUAUCAGCGCACAGGGCUCCAACGACAACCGCCAAGAGGCCACCCCAUCACCAAGUAUAGGUAAGCAAAAGCUUCAAGGCAAAGCUGGUAGUAGAAAGUCCAAGUCUCCUAGCCUUGGUAUGGCCUACGGGGGAGGAGAGCGGCCUUCCUCUGUGUCCUCGGUUCACUCUGAAGGGGAUUACCACAGACAGGCCCAAGCACAGUGGAACUGGGAGGAACGGCCCUCCUCCACAGGCUCCAUGCAGUUCGCAUACAACCCCUUGACCAUGCGUAUCCUGAGCAGCACGCCCCCAACCUCCAUAGCGUCCCCUGCUGUCCAAAGUCAACAGCAGCAGCAGCAGCAGCAGCAGUCUGGGGGUCCUCCUGUGUCCCAGCAGCGCGCCUGGCCCUCUCUUCUGUCAGAGCAAUACGAGACCCUGUCCGACAGUGACGACUGAGCUCCACUAAAAAAAGCCCUUGAUUAAAACACAGAGGCUUUUGCUGCAGCUGGUCGCCCCUCUCCCAGAAUUACCCUGCUCAUUGGCAAGUGUGGCCAGUUAAUGGGGGGGUGGUGUCCUUUUUAUUUUUGGUGCUAUGGCGCCCCCUGGCUGUUGGCUCCAUUUACCAGCAGUAGCCUGGGACAAGUGGGGUUCUCCCGACUUGAGAACGUAACCAGCUUGUCCAGUGGAAAAUAAACUUGAGGGGAAGAUGUUAGAUGAAGAACUUCACACUUCAUAUGUACAAAACAACAUGAAACAAUUUCUAAAUUUAGAUUUCUGUGAAAAUAUACCUUGUCUUUAGGAAAAUCAUUGUAUGUAAAUAGAGUAACAUUUUGCAGUGUUUUUCCUAAACUGAUUAUUUCUUAUUUUAAUGUUGCUUUUAAAAUGAUCCACUUAAAUGGGAAGCGUAUGGGUGUAAUGUGUAACAACACAGCUAGUCUCUCCCAGUUCAUCCCUGUGCGUCAGCUGACCCACUGCAGAGUCUGCUGCUCCUGUGGGUAGUACUUGAACAGAAGUGAAGCAGAGGCUAUAACACCAGAGCCUGGUGGACAUGAGAUGGCAAAAUGGACUGCCUUUCAUCCAUGGACUGAUUAAGAUCUGUCUUCACAACAUGGAGGAGAUAAAUCGUUCAGAUAGUAGAGAAAACGACUCACCCCAUUUUAGACAGUUUUGAACACUGGUGACAGAAAGGUUAGAGUCUAGUAUAAGCUUAAUGCCCUAAUGACUACUUCUGGGCCCCAUUCAAAUAACAAAAGUGAGCCAAUUUUUUUUCUUUGUUGUCACAUGCAGCGGUCUCUGGUUUCCAAUCGAUCAGGACAGGAGUAUGCCCUACACAUUCAUGGUGAAUACAAACACGUCAGGAUUUUUCAGAGCGUUUUUUGCCAUGCCUUGUGACUUGAGAAAGAAGGCAGCUUUAAUUUUCCUCAGAGAUCUUUGUUCGUGUUUGAUGUCCUUCUUUUGUUUUGUAAUCCCUUUUUUAUACUGUCCAGAAAAGAAUCUGAACUAGAUUUAAAUUGUCUUUCUAUUACUCAAAAGACAAAAAUUAACCAAACAUUAAGAAUGGUCUGCACCAUUGUUGCACUUUUUUGCUUUGUAGCUUUUGACAACAAGAAGCAUACUACCUGCUGUGUAACUUAUUCAACCUCCAGGACAGGAGUAUACUAAGAUGUGCUUUAAUGUCUUUUCACCACAUACAUAAACCUGUUUGUUUUUACUUCUGUCUUCUCUUGUACUUUGUGCAUUAUUUUAAUAGUGUGCACUCACAUCACAGCUAGUGUUCUAUGUGUAUGGUACCGUUAACUCUUCAGAAUAAACCGUCAUAGUCUACCAUUUCUAUGACCACUCUGCUUUUGUCAACAAGCCUAUAGCUAAAAUAAAUAUACUAGGUCAACAUGAUCCACAGCAGUUACUCAUUGAUGCUGAAUGUAGGACAUGCAUCGAGUCAAAUGAGUUUUAAAACUUGCACUUAUCUCACUUGCUUCAUUACAGUCUGCAUAAAUCCAUUGGAAUCAUAUGUCAUAGCACAUGAUGUUAUUUUCCUGUGAUUUUCAACAUCUUGUUAAACAUCCUUUUUGUAAAUCGGAUGUUAUGUGUUUACAAAAGCAAGGACAAAAAAGUUUACAAACUUGAAUCUUAAAAGAAAAUCUGAAAUGAAGCUGAAAUUGAAUUGGAGCUACGUUUUAGCACUCUAAAAGGAUACAACAGUGACUUUUUUGUCUUUUUAAAUUGAGACUUGAAACCCCGUAUCUUAUGAUGUUGAACAGCUAUGUUUGUAUCGCACAAUGUCUCCUAAUAGGCUCUUACACAAAAGUUCAGACCAAUCAAAUAAAGUGGAUCAGUUCACCACAGAAA